AUGCUCUGGGCACUCUGGCCAAGGUGGCUGGCAGGCAAGGGGCUGCCCCUCCUGGGGGCUGUGCUGCUACGGAAGAGAGAGAAGAGGGGACCUCAGUGGAGGCACUGGCGGCGGGAAACCCACCCAUACUAUGACCUCCAGGUGAAAGUGCUGAGGGCCAAGAAUAUCCGGGACACAGACCUGUUGUCCAAAGCUGACUGCUAUGUGCAACUGUGGCUCCCCACGGCGUCCGCCAGCCCCGCCCAGACAAGGAUGGUGGCCAACAGCAGUGACCCUGAGUGGAAUGAGACUUUUCACUACCAGAUCCACGGCGCUGUGAAGAACGUCCUGGAGCUCACCCUCUAUGACAAGGAUAUCCUGGGCAGCGACCAGCUCUCCCUACUACUGUUUGACUUGAGGAGCCUCAAACCUGGCCAACCCCACAUACACACCUUCCCACUCAACCAACAGGAUUCACAAGAGCUGCAAGUGGAAUUUGUCCUGGAGAAGAGCCAGGUGCCUGCAUCUGAAGUCAUCACCAAUGGGGUCCUGGUGGCUCAUCCCUGUCUGAGAAUCCAGGGCACUGUUGGAGGAGAUAGGACAAACUCGCAUCAAGAGUAUGGCUCCAGGCAGAUCCAGCUGGCAGUGCCUGGUGCCUACGAGAAGCCACAGCUCUUGCCCCUGCAGCCUCCCAUGGAGCCAGACCUCCCACCUGCCUUUACCUUCCACGUGAAUCCAUUGCUGAGCUCCCAGCUGCAUGUGGAGCUGGCAGAGAAGCUCACAGUUCUACAGAGCAGCCCGAGUGCUGAACAGGAGGCUCAGACCAGCAAGCUGAGGGAGGGGGGCAUUCUGCUCUCCUCACUGCCCUUAGGCCAGGAGGAGCAGCGCUUCAUGGCCCUGGGGGAGGGCCAGGAGGUGGCUCUGAGUCUGAAGGCAGAAGUGAGAUCUGGGGACCUGGACCUACGCCUUGGCUUUGACCUUUGUGAUGGGGAGCAGGAGUUUCUGGACAAGAGGAAGCAGGUUGUGGCCAAGGCCCUGCAGCAGGUGUUGGGAUUGAGUGAGCCUCUGGACGGUGGCCAGGUGCCUGUGGUGGCUGUGUUGGGUUCCGGGGGUGGAACUCGAGCCAUGUCUUCCCUGUAUGGCAGCCUGGCAGGGCUGCAGGAGCUUGGUCUCCUGGAUACUGUGACCUACCUCAGUGGGGUCUCUGGGUCUACUUGGUGCAUCUCCACACUCUAUAAGGACCCAGCCUGGUCCCAGGUGGCCUUGCAGGGCCCCAUUGAGCAUAUCCAGGCUCGGGUCUGCAGCAGUAAGAUGGGGGCAAUGUCCACAGAGCAGCUACAAUACUACGCUCAGGAACUGGGGAUCCGCGAGAGCAGCGGCCACAGCGUGUCCCUCAUCGACCUCUGGGGCCUCCUUAUCGAGUAUUUCCUGUACCAGGAGAAAAACCCUGCCAAGCUGUCUGACCAGCACGAAGCGAUCAGCCAGGGUCAGAACCCUUACCCCAUUUAUGCCAGCGUCAACGUCCACACCAACAUCAGUGGGGAAGAAUUUGCAGAGUGGUGCGAAUUCACCCCAUACGAGGUCGGCUUCCCCAAGUAUGGAGCUUAUGUUCCCACUGAACUCUUUGGCUCAGAGUUCUUCAUGGGACGACUGCUGCAGCUCUGGCCUGAGCCCCGGAUGUGCUACCUGCAGGGUGUGUGGGGCAGCGCCUUUGCAGCCAGCCUGGAUGAGAUCUUCCUGAAGACUGCUGGCUCUAGCCUCAGCUUCCUGGACUGGCACAGAGGCAGUGUAAACGUUACAGAUGACUGUCAGAAGCUGCAACUGCAUGACCCUGCGCGGCUGCGAACUAGGCUCUUCACCCCACAGGGGCCCUUCUCCCAGGCUGUGUUGGACAUAUUCACCUCCCGCUUCACUUCUGCCGAGAACUUUAACUUCACCCGUGGCCUCUGUCUGCACAAGGACUAUGUGGCUGGGAGGGAGUUUGUGGCCUGGAAAGACACGCACCCGGACGCCUUCCCCAACCAGCUCACUCCCAUGCGGGACUGCCUGUACCUGGUGGAUGGGGGCUUUGCCAUCAACUCUCCAUUCCCACUGGCUCUGCUGCCUCAGAGAGGGGUGGACCUCAUUCUGUCCUUCGACUACUCCUUGGAAGCCCCUUUUGAGGUCUUACAGAUGACAGAGAAGUACUGCCUGGACCGUGGAAUCCCCUUCCCCAGAAUUGAGGUGGGCCCUGAGGACCUGGAGGAGCCCCAUGAGUGCUACCUGUUUGUCAAGGCCAAAGAUCCCCACUCACCCAUUGUGCUGCACUUCCCGCUUGUCAAUCGUACCUUUCGCACACACCUGGCCCCAGGUGUGGAGCGGCAGACAGCUGAGGAGAAGGCCUUUGGUGACUUUGUCAUCAAUGGGCCAGACACCCCCUAUGGCAUGAUGAACUUCACCUAUGAGCCCAAGGAGUUUGAUCGGUUGGUGGCCCUGAGUCGGUACAAUGUCCUGAAUAAUGUGGAGACUGUGAGGCACGCCCUCCGGCUGGCUCUGGACCGGCGGCAGGCUGGGGAGAGGGCUGGGGGCUGAGCCAGACAGGAGUUGGAGGACUGUGACAGAGA